GUAGUUUGCCAACACGAAAAAUUGUGGGCGUGGCAGACACCAUUGGGCUCGUAAUCAUAUCGGCAAUAUCGCCUCCUUCCACGUCAAACCCGUCCGAUCCACGCUUAAUGACAACAGGCUGUUGUGGCUUGGGCGGUGACACAUGGGGUAGACCUGGGGAUAUCUACGUCGACAAGUCCGGUAGAGGAAGGAGGAGUUGACGCAGGCGAGAGAGAGGAUGCGCGUCGUGUCCCGCAUGGGAGCCACUCGUCGCUUGCGGGAGUCUGACAGGAGGAGAUGUCGUGGCGGCGGUCGCAGAGGUGGUCGUCAGGACGGUCGCGGGCGAGGCGGGCGUGGAGGUCCUGGCGAGAGGCGUAGUGUAGCGAGUCGUGGAAGGGCAGUGGACGAGCUAAUACGCAAGCCUCGACAGCGAUGGGAGGAGGGAGUCUUUUUGUACGAGAGCUCGUCCAGCGAUGACGAGGAUUUCUUCGGGAAUGGCAGGCCUGCACAGGAUGGCGACAGCGAUUUCGACGACCGUCACCCGAAUGUGGGCGACGACGAUGGCGCCAGUGGCGAUGAUCAYGGUGACGGAGGAGAUAGGCCACGACCAGCACAUGGUGACACGAUGCGCGCCGACGGGGCAGGGGGCGAGCACCGCACAGCAGUAGAUCACGCUCGAGAUGGAGUGCAUGAUGAUGGUUCACGACCUGUCUCGGGCGGUGACCUGAGGCGCUUGAAACGCGGACCAAGAAAAAAAGACACUAUCACUUCACGUGUGUGCAAACGUCACGGUGGGGUUGCUAGCAUUCCACUAUCACGAGUCCCCGCAACUGGGCAGAUUCCAGUUUUUGAGGACUCUUUAAGCGAUCAUGGCGGCGAGGAGCGGAUCGAGCUGCAUGGCGGGAGCGGUCAUCCACGAGGUGACACUUCGAGUAUGCACGCGACAGCUCCGAUGGGGCCUUCCGCAGCAGUCCCAGAAUCGCAACAGGGUCCAGCACCGUUGAUGCGUCAUCCCGAGGUUCAGGGAGAGAUCAGUACUCACCCGGCAGUGUGGGACGAGGGUUCUGUCGGUGCACUGCAUCCACUCACGUCUGCCGGAGCGGCAGUCUCAGUUGCAGCGACCUCGGAUGUGGGACAACCACUGGCAGCGGCGGAGCAAGAAAGUAUGCUCCCACCUCGCAGUGUUCAACCACGGCCACCGCCUGCAUUGAUGGAGGGGGGUCAGGGGACCGUUGUUGUGUGUCAAGGCGACGAUCUCCCGGAACGUGAUAUCUCACACACUCCCGCAGCCGAGCAGAGCGCCGCAGACCUUGUCGGCCUCGCAUGCCCCACCGGCAGUCUUCCGGGUACCGGCGAGUUACUGACCACGGACUCUGCGCUCGUGUGACCGUCACACGGGCUCCUCGGUCUGCCACAAGCUGCUGGUCGGUGGGCACCUCCUCCUCCACCUGCUGCCAGUAGUGCAC